CUUGGCUAACCAGUUCAUUUGUCACUGUACCACACCAGUGUCUUCCCGUAACUCCCGAGGGAAAGACGAAUUGAAGCCAGGAGUUUGUACUUUUUAUUCUCCAAAAAUGUACCAAGACAAUGAAGGUGGGGCUAAAUUGGAGAAGAAUAGGUUCGAGUCUACUAUCAGUGAAUUGAAGAAGAAGACUUUUGUUUCUGCUGCUGAUAUUGAAAGUUAUGGUGAGAGCAGUGUCACUCCGGAGUUCCAGGAAGCCUACAGGCGCUCCAUCGAUGACCCUGAGGGGUUCUGGGGCGAGGUUGCCCAGGAACUCGAGUGGACCAAACCCUGGGAACGUGUGCUAGAUAACAGCAACCCACCCUUUACAAAAUGGUGGGUAGGCGGCGAGAUGUCAGUAUGUUACAAUGCAGUGGACCGACAUGUAGCCAGCGGCAAGGGCGACCAGGUGGCGCUAGUGCACGACUCACCCUUGACCGACACCGUCCGCAAAAUCACUUACUCAGAGAUUCAAGAUCAGGUAUCCCGCUUGGCCGGUAAGCUGGCAUCCCUAGGCGUGACUCGUGGCUCCAGGGUGCUGAUCUACAUGCCCCUUGUCCCUGAAGCCAUCAUCUCCAUGCUGGCCACCAACAGAAUCGGAGCCAUCCACUCUGUCGUGUUUGGAGGUUUCGCGGCACGAGAGCUAAGGACCAGGAUUGAGCAUGCAGAACCAACUGUGAUCAUUGCAGCCAGCUGUGGAGUGGAACCCAACAAAAUUGUCAGAUACAAAGACAUCCUGGACGAAGCUCUCUGCCAGUCAGACUUCCAACCGAACAACUGCAUCAUCUUCCAACGGCGACGAGUCCUGGAGUGCACCUUGGAGCCUGGACGUGAUAUCGACUGGAAGGAGGCGUUAGAAGCCGACCCUGUGCCCUGUGUGCCUGUAGAGGCUAAUGAACCCCUGUAUAUUCUGUAUACCUCAGGUACCACAAGUGCGCCCAAAGGUAUCCAAAGACCUUGUGGCCACGCAGCCACCCUCUGCUGGUCGCUUCGAACAGUCUACGGGCUGAAGAAAGGCGUGUGGUGGGCAGCAUCAGACCUUGGAUGGGUGGUCGGACACUCCUACAUAUGCUAUGGACCCCUGCUCGCUGGAGUGACUUCUAUUCUUUAUGAGGGCAAGCCUGAUAGGACUCCAGACCCUGGACAGUAUUUUAGAAUCAUAGAACAGCAUCGUGUGAACGCCCUCUUCACGAUACCAACGGCAUUCAGAGUGUUGAAGCGAGCUGACCCCAACGCGAAGUACGCCAGGAGGUACUGCAGCAAGUCCUUGAAGACUGUCUUCAUUGCUGGAGAGCAUUGUGACCAGGAUACCAGGCAAUGGGCAGAGCGUAUCUUCGGAGUGCCAGUCCUGAACCACUGGUGGCAGACGGAGUCAGGGUCUCCCAUCACCGCGCCAUGCAUCGGCUACAAUGUGAAGGCUAUCCCACCACAUUCCGCUGGUUAUCCUGUUCCUGGAUAUGACAUUCGCGCACUCAAAGAAGACGGGUCAGAGUGUCAGACUGGUGAAGUUGGCAGACUCGUGGCUAAGCUACCUCUGCCUCCAGGGUUCGCUUCCACCCUGUGGCAGGCUGACAAGCGCUUCAAUGAAACUUACUUCUCUACUUAUCCGGGUUACUACGACACACAAGACGCCGGCUGGAUCAGCUCAGAAGGCGCAGUCUGGGUUGUCGCCCGAGCUGAUGACGUCAUCAACGUGGCUGGUCACCGCCUCUCCACCGCCGCACUCGAGGAUGUGGUGCUCCGACACGCCAGGGUCGCUGAUGCUGUGGUGGUUGGUGCUCCGGACCCUACGAAAGGAGAUGUACCAUUGUGUCUCUAUGUUAUGAGGCCACCUCAGGAUGACGAAGAAAUGGUAGCAGAGAGUACAGUCACCCAAGAACUGAUUGCCCUAGUACGACACCUCAUCGGUCCCAUAGCAGCAUUCAGGAAAGCAGUAGCCGUUCCAGCCUUACCCAGGACCAGGUCUGGGAAGGCACUCCGUGGAGCCAUAGCUAAGUUGGCCAGGUCUCAACUCGUCAAAUUACCAUCGACCAUAGAAGAUCCCACAGUCUUCGGAGAAAUUAAAAUAGCUUUGCAAAAAUUCGGAUACGCCAUUGACGCGCCCGAUCCGGAAUUAUAAUUUAAUUAUGUAGUUAAAAAGAUUAGAAAAAAACUGAUUUCUAUGUUGAUUUUUUUUGUUAUUUUUAUUUUGUUUUGUCACUGUGAUAGAAACUUGUACUUCAGCUUUUUGUUUUUUUAUUGUGUACUUACUGUAACAUAUUUGCAUACCAAAUAUCUGUGUUAUGUUAAUGUAAUAAUAA